AAGCCUAGGCCGCGGGAAUGUUGUAGUAUUCUAUGCAUAAAAGCAGAGCCAAAAUGCGAAACCUUAAAAUCUUAAGAGCGGGUAUUUGUUUGUUUGUUGCGUUACAGGCACGGGCCGAUAUGCAUGCAAGCCGCUUAAGAUGAUACCGCAUGGUUUUUCUGAUUGAAUAGUAGCUCCCUCCUCUCCCACCAUCACUACCUCACAAUCCUUUGACAACAUGACAGAAAGCGCUCAACAGAUCGCAAAGAGAGUUUUGGUAGAUUUGGACGCUUUGGUCGGACAAGGCAAAUUACAGCAACAUCAAAUCGCUUCUAUUCGAUCUGAAUUGGAGCCUGUUGCACGACCUGCUCCUCCUCCGAUCAUUGCACGUAAGCCAGCAGUAGUGGCAAGGAAGAGAUUCCGUGCUAUUUGGUCAUACAAUGGAGCAGAUGCAGAUGAAAUCUCGUUCAAUGAAGGUGAUUUGUUGGAAAUGAUUGAAGAGGUCAGUGAAGGAUGGUGGAAAGGUUGCGUAGUUCAACCGGACGGACGAAAAGGUCAAGAAGGUAUGUUCCCAAGCAAUUACGUAGAGGUACUUCCGGACAAUACAAUCGUGGCCCCACAAAGAAUGGUGCCUCCGCUUCCUCAACGUCAAUUAGACAAUGGACCUCCAGCUUAUGGAAACCAGAAUAUAGAUGAUGAAAAGCGUGCCAUGGGUUAUCACACACCACCACCGCAACAACCAUACAGUGAUGCUCCAGCUCCACUCGGUCCACCGAAAUGGCAACCAGGAGUGGCACGCUGGAGCUCAGGCCCUCCCAUGCCACCUCCACCGCCACCAAGCAACUUCUCUCCUGGUCCAAUGUCCCCUCCCCCACAAACGGGUUAUUACAAUCAACCACCAAUGCCAUACGGAGGUGCAACGCCAGGCGCUUAUGGAAAUCAACCCAAUCAACAGCUGCAACAAAUACCUGAGGCAGAACAAGCUCAAAAACGUGAUAAAGUGAGUAUCUUAGUAGGAUGUGACAUAAAACCCAUAAAGUGAUUUAGAAAGCUGAGACGGAUUGCAACCUUUUUGAUUGCUCCUUCUAAAAGUUCAAAAAGAUUGGUGGUCGUGUAGGUGAAAGAAUGGCAGGAGGAUUUGCCGGUGGUCUAGGAUUUGGCGUUGGAGCCAAUUUGAUUAACCAGCUGUGAAUAAUACAGGAAUUGAUAAGAUGAAGGAUUUCGUGUGCUGACAUUCUCUCCUUCGCCUUCGCUAGAUGAAAAAGUUCGCCGGUCGUAUGGG